ACCGACCACCAAGAAGUGCGCAGAAAACGCGGGCUUCUGGUGUCUUGCUCUGGUCGACUCGGCAUUUCGGGCUGCGGACCUUGGCACAGGUGGGUGACGAGGCCCAGCAGGGCGUGUGCACGGCCUGCGGGGCCUCGCGCUUUCGGCGCGCUGCGGAGCCGCAUGCGCAGACGGUGGCGAGUUCACCAGGAGAUGCUUGUUCACGCGUUGAGCGCGCUUCUCGAGAUCACUGAGGGCGAGUCCUGCGACGAGCAGCAUAGGGCUUGGCCCGCCGCCCCGCUUGCGCCUUCUGCGAUGCUUGGCUCGAACGCGAGGGCGGGGAUCAUCUGCUGGCCUCGGCACUGGCCGCAGUUGAAGGGCCUCCUUGAUGGAAGGCUUCCAAGUCGAGAGUGGCGCCUUUCCACCUCUUGAGUGACGCUCAGCCUGAG